UUAACAAAUUCACUGGUCGCUCACCCUUUUUUUCUUUGUCGGUAGACCGGUUGAUUGCCGGCGAGUUUAAAACCCGUCGCCGCAAAAUUGUCGGCUUUAAGCUUCAUAAAGUCAAGAAACAUCAUCGUAAUUGAUUUCUUUGAAGCCGGUUAACUAGCUAGCCAUGUCUUUCGAUGGCUUCCCUCCAUUCAUUUCAGCUCAGCUCCAUUAUCUCAUCAAUCACUUCCACGAGAAAAUCAAGGUUGAGCAAGUGUCAUCUGGUGGCAAAACCUACGCCGGGGGUCUCGAUCGGUUUACAUUGCAUAUUCCGUAUUGCCUAGACUAUGUUAAAUGGGAUAUUAUUUACAAUGCGGAGUUCCCAUUCGCUUCGCCGGAUAUUAUAUUUGGACCUGAAGAUGAGGAUUUUCACCCAUUACACAUGACUGGCAGUGUUGGAGAGGGGGGCUCGAAGUUUCGGAACAUUUUGUCUGAUUGGAACCAUAAAGACCCAACAAGGCUGCUAGCUUUAAUUCAGGAAUUGAGGGACCAAUAUAUGGCCUACCAGAAGAAACGUGUUGGAGAAGUGGAUGAUGAUAGGUUGACAUUUGAGAUUAGCACUAUUUGUUCACGAGAGGGAAUUGAAAUGCAAAUUAGUUCAGGUGCUGAAAAGCCAAAAGAGGUCAAAUUUGCAGUGCCUCUCAUGGAUAUGAACAUAAACAAGAUGGUGCAUGGGUUCCCCUGGAGACAUCCGCAAAAGAUAUACUUACAGGUAAUAUAUCCUGUAGGAAAGAAGUAUUCAUCUACUCCUUCACCACCUCGUCUGAAAUUGAUGUCAACUGCUGAGCUGGGAGCUCUGUUUUCUAUCGAGGAUGUCAAGCUUCCUUCGUGGUUGGAUGGAAUGUGCAUGGCUGAGUAUCUUCCUCAUCUAGAGGAAUCUCUUCAGAAACAGGUCGUGGAAUCUGUUUCAUUAAUUGAUGUAAGAAGACGUUUUAUAGAGUCAUUAACCCCAUUGUUUGGAAGACCUUUGGAAGCUGAUCCGGUCUUUUGCGGGAAGGCCACAUUUCUUGCUUCAUCUGGAUCCUUUGUUUUCCUGGUACAUUUUCUUAUUUCAACUCAGUUUCCUAAGCAGCGGCCAGCUGUGAUGCUCCAAAGUUCUCAGCAUAUAUCACCGCAAGGAAUACCGAAAAAGUCACCCCUUCUAUCAGAAUAUCCAUGGAGUCCAAGAUGGGAGGCAUCACAAAUGGCUGAGCGGAUAUUCGACUUCUUGGUGGACGAGUCGUUAAACUUCAAACGGUUCUGUAAUGAGUCUCAACCACAACACUAGAACUACAUGAAGAUGUUGAAGUUCCAUAUGGAUUAUGCUUUAUUCAUCCAAGUUGUGUAAAAAAUGCUUAAUGGAAUAUUCGGUAGGUUUAUUUUCUACAAUUUCGGAAAUGGUGUUUAAUUU